AGGAAGAAUGGCGUCCACCAUCCUCAUCAUUUCUAUGUCCGUUGCCAUGGCAGCGGUGCUCCUCCUCCAAUGGAGCUGGGUCCAGACUCUGCUGUCCGUCCUAUUGUACGUGGUAAUCUCCCUCACAGGCCUGGUGCUGGGCUUUGCCCUGGUGGUCACCAAAGGUAAACAGACCCGCACUGUGCCUCCUCCAUACCAGCCUAACAUGGCCAACAUCCUGCUCACAAAGAUGAUGCAGAGAGACAAAAGCAAACCUGCCUCCUCCCAGAGAACUGUGGUAUCGCGUAACGUGGACCAAGCUCUGCAGGAAGUCUUCGACCUGGUGCUGAGAGACUAUGUUGUCAUAUGGUUUGAAGACCUGUGCCAAAGCCAGGAGCGCUUUAAAGAGCUGCUGAUGGAGGACAUUUGGUGCGUCGUCGGGAACAGCAAGAUCAGACUGGCAAACCUGGACACGGUGAAGCUUCUGACCUGCGACGUCGUCAACAAGCUGUGCACGCACUUCCAGGACCUGAGUCUGUCGGAGGUGAAGCCGGGGCUGGACCUGAGCGCCCCCUUCCUGCUGCAGUCGUAUCUGCAGAGCGAGGAGAGGGAGGUGUCGUUCCUGAGGCAGUGUAGCGAGGUGCUGCUGAUCUGUCUGCUGCCGGCCAAACAUGCCAGGUGUAACAGUGUCAGGUACCUGCUCAGGGAGGUGCUGGCCUGUCAGGUUUUUAAACAGGUCAUUGACCUCCUGUGUGACCCUGACUACAUCAACCAGACCCUGCUGAACUUCCUGCAGUACCGGGAGAAGCUGGCAGAGGAGCACAACAAGGCCUACAUGUACGCCGCGACCUACGAGGAGUUUGUCAAGAUGAUCAACCAGACAAAGGAGAUUGAAGCACUGAAGGAAAUCAGAUACCGCACCAUGACAGAGAUCAUGCAGGUGACAGCUUUGAUUGAUCAGCUCACAGCAGACAACGAGGGCUCCUCCACAGGGAAGAAGAAGAAGGUGAAAAACCUGAGACGGUACGUGAACCAGUGCAAGUAUGCUAAGGAACUGUGCGAAAAGAGAAUCCACCUGCUAGGGGGUCCAGAGUACAAGUCUUACGAGAUCAAAGAAGAGGGAGAGUCUGACGUCACUGAUAGCAUACACGAAGAAGAGUUGAAAGAAGAGAGCCAAGAAGAGUUACAAGGUAGUGAAUUUCAGCACAACACAUCAGGGACUUGGGAAGAGAUGAGCGAAAAGGACGAGACGGAUUCCACCUCAGGUGAACAAGGCUUCAACGAUCCACAGGCCAAGCUGGAGCGCCUUGACGAAAAACUUGCGGCAAAGCUUCAGGAGUUACGUGAUGCAAAGGACGCUCUCAGGCCAGACGGCAAGGCCAUUGCAAAGAUUGAGCAUGAGGUGAAUGACAUGAAGACGGAGAGACGACAGCUGGAGUUCCACAUCGAGCGGACCGACCAGUGGUGGGACAUGAUUGGCCGAUGGAGGGCCAACAUCUGCAAUGCCGAGUUCAUUGUGAAUGAGGAGAAGAUCGAGCCGUUCUUUGUGAUCGUUGUCCACAUCUCUGGCGCCAUUGCGAGUACCGAUGAGUCCACGACCACGGGAUGGGUGGUCAUGCGGAACCUGUCCGACUUCCACGCCCUCCACAAGCGGCUGAAGGAGUAUCGCAGCUGGCUGCGGGACAGGGACCUCCCCUCCUCCAUGCGCUGGUUCCGCGCCACCGACAAGGCCUUCCUGGACAAAGCCCGCGCAAUGCUCGAAGCGUACCUGAACGAAGUCCUAGCCGACGAGACCCUCUGUCAGAGCCAAGUCCUUUUCUCCUUCCUCAGCCCAAGUCCUGACCACCUGAAGGGGAGCGUACGAGACAAGAAGACUCGGUUCUCCAUCACCACUCUACUCAAGAACCUCCCAGGAGGAGACUUACUCCACAAGCAGGCGACAGUCCACGAAGGCGAGGAUCUCGAAGACACCAUAGAAGACGGUGACGGUCGCGAUGGAAAAGACUCCAUCGCCGAACCCCUGUACACCCUCCUGGGGGAGAUAUUUGAACUAAGAGGAGUCACCAAGUGGCUGAGAAGGACCCUGAUCGCGUUCGUUCAGGUCACAUUCGGAGCAAGCAUCAACAAGCAGGUGCGUGAGAGUGUGGAGUGGCUGUUCUCAGAGCCCAUGCUGGUCUACUACAUCCACCUGUUGAGAGACUCCCUCUGGCCAGGAGGCAAGCUGGCUCCUGCUGCACCAGACAGAACAGAGGAGGAGAAACUGCAAACAAAGCAACAGGUGAAACAGAAGCUCCUGGACAACAUGCCUGACAUGUUGCAGAGCCUGGUGGGGCAGCAGAACGCUCGCAGGGGGGUCGUCAAGGUGUUUGAGGGUCUGCAGGACAAGACCAUCAACAAACACCUGCUGUACGUGCUGCUGGAGAUGCUCCUGGUGGAGGUGUGUGUGGAGCUCAGGGAUCCACAGCUGCUGGCACAGGUGGCAGAGGCAGCCAGGAUCCAGGCAGAGACUGUGGCCAACACUCAGGAAGAAGAACCUCUUUAGAAACAUCAUCAUCAUCAUCGGCCGGCUGCAGUGUAGGCGGCUUAAAAACAGUCUCAGUCUCUUGCAGUUUUCAGAAUCUAGGGUUCAUGUUUCAAUCCGAUCCUGGGAACUGUCUGGGCGAUUGGCCCUGAACAGUGCAUCCUCAUUUUGUGUGGUAGCUGAUAAUAAACUGUAGUACUGAAUCAAUGCAUUGCUGCAAUAUUAAACUUAUGCCACUGAGAGGUUGGAUAUGUCAAGUUUGUAGUAUACAUUGCAAACCUACCAUCACUUCUGUGUAACUUCAUUUUGUAAAACAAAAAGAAAUACUUGAAACCUGUAUACAUGUACUUCCAAUCGUACAAAGAAUGAGUCUGUCAUAGGCCAUUUGAAGACUUUUCCAGAAUAUGAGGAGAUAAAACUUAGGGCUUUGAGCUGAUUAGUCAUUUUGUUUACACAAUAUACCACUAGCUCAAAUUUUCUUUACACAGUUGAGUUGUCAGCAAUGUUUAAAGUCAGUAGGUUAUAUGUCCUCCCUUUUGCAAAUAAAAAACGUUCAUACUGUUCAAAAGUAAAUGACAUGUUUCUAUAUUAA